CGAAGAAGAUUAUCCAUGGUUACCAGAAGCAUGUCAGAUUCGAUUUGAAAAAUGGAAGAUAAACAAAAAAAUUAAAGAGGAAAACUACGGAAUAAAUUGGGAUGUAAAUUAUUUAUAAACUGUUCUUAUAUACUAAAAACAAAUGAUCCUUAAUCAGCUUGAUGAAUACUAUGCAAAAGUAUCGAAUACUGGGUAAAAAAGGUGAAGGAACUUUCUCUGAAGUUUUGAAGUGUCAAAGCAUUGAGAAUGGACAUUACUAUGCAUGCAAACGGAUGAAACAACAUUUUGACAGUUUGGAGCAAGUUAAUAAUCUUCGAGAAAUACAAUGCAUGAGGAGACUGAGUCCACAUGCAAAUGUGGUGGACCUUAAAGAAGUUAUUUUUGACAAAAAGACUGGAACCCUAGCACUUAUUAUUGAACUAUUAGAUAUGAACUUGUAUGAAGUAAUUAAAGGCAGAAGAAAUUACCUAACUGAAACAAAAUGCAAACAGUAUACAUAUCAAACGCUGAAAGCUUUAGAUCACAUGCACCGAAAUGGUAUUUUCCACAGAGAUAUAAAACCAGAGAACAUACUGCUGAAGAAUGAUGUAGUUAAACUGGCAGAUUUUGGGUCUUGUCGUAGUGUGUAUUCAAAACAACCAUACACCGAAUAUAUUUCUACACGAUGGUAUAGAGCACCAGAAUGUCUACUUACUGAUGGUUGGUAUACAUACAAGAUGGAUUUAUGGUCUGUAGGUUGUGUAUUUGCAGAAAUAAUGAGCUUGCGUCCAUUAUUUCCUGGUUCCAAUGAGUUGGAUCAAAUAACAAGAAUUCACAGUGUGUUGGGUACUCCUACGCCAGAACUCUUGAACAAAUUCAAAAAAUCUAAACAUAUGGACUUUAACUUUCCUGAAAAGAAAGGAAGUGGGCUGUCUUCUCAACUGCCCCAUAUUUCCAGAGAUGCUUUAAAAAUGGUAGCAAUGAUGUGCAUAUACGAUCCCGAGGACAGACCUUCAGCAAAACAAAUCCUUCGUCAGUUGUAUUUCAGACCAUUAAGGGAUGCUGACAAACGGAUUCGUGCUAUGGAAAAAGUGACACAUCUUUCAAAUGAUAUAUUUUCAAAUUAUGACGACUCCUCCAUUACGACGCUAAGAAGUAAGGAGCAUGGUUUUCCAAAGAAAGUGAGCAUGCAUCAUCAUCUCAUCGCUGCUCCAGUGACGAAGAACACAUAUCCAGACCAUACGUACCGAACAACUUUACCUAAGAUUCCUGUUGCAACGUAUAGUGGUAACAUCAAUAAUAACAAGACAGUAGGAAAAUACCCUACCACCAUGUUCCCUUCUUUGAUGCAGAAAGAGCGGGAAAGAGUGAAGGCUCAAAACGACACGACGAAGAGACUUGGUUAUGCGGAGUAUUCGUUUCCAUCAUUAAACAGGUUUCGACAUGGUCACAGGCUUUAGUAGAUUCGUUCUGGAUUUCUAAUUAGGGUGGUGAAUGAAUUCUUUGACGAGAUUUGAAGUAAAGAGCUGCCGGAAGCCUUACUCCGAAUAACAUUCUGGGUGUUUCUAUAUUUACUUGGAGCACGUUAGUGUGUUAGUUUGUUACUGUUACCUACAAAUAAAUUUCAGAGUCCCAAAGACCCUCCAGUAGUUUUCAACAGUUUUAUCCAAUGUCGAGGUCACAUCUUUUUUUUGGUAGGGGAUAUUGAAGUUAAGUAAUGUUCACGUGAAUUUAUACAACGUGUAAUUUUUUAAAAAGUUUGAAUCAAUUUAAUAAAACAAUAGAUCUAUAUUUUAUGGAAUAUUCUGUACAUAGCUAAUUUAUUUUUGUAAUUAUGUGAUUUAUAACUUACAAUAUUCUCUUGUUAAACUUUUUGCGUGAAAUAACUUUCGCAAAGGAUCAUUUCCAUCAUUUGUCGAGAGAAUUAACUUUCCCAAUAUUUGAAAUUAACGUAAAUGUGUCAUAAAAAUCCACGAAGCUAAUUGUUCAACAUUUUUCAGCAUAUUUUAGGGAGUAUAUUUUCGCGAGUAUAUUUUCGCGAUUAACUUUGUUUCACAUUUUUUGUGGGCCUAACUUUCGCAACCGAAAAUUUUUUUU